AUGACGGUCACCUUGAUUACGGGCCUCCUGGCCUCGCUUGCACUGCUGCAGCCGGCUGCAGCUACGUUCAACUGGGGCCUCGCGCCUCGAUACCAGAACCCAAUCAACAACGACAACUUCUGCAACGAUGUCCAGAAGGGAGGUUUCGACUGGUCAGGCUUGGGCACGGGCAAAGUGUCAAACUUUGGAGGCUUUGACUUCUCAGGGUUCGACUGCAAAGACUCCUUCUCUGCUGGGCGGAAGUCGAGACGUACCAUCGCAGCUCGCAGUCCGUUCCAGCAGAAGGUGAUCGAAGGGAAAUGCACCCAAGACAAGGCGACGGCGCCGAAGGUUGCUUGUAGCCCGGACAAGAACUUCUCAAUCAAAGAGAUGGAAGUGACGGUCGAGUUCGAUGCUGAUAUUGACUUUGUGUACGACAUGCCUGAUGGGACGACCUGCAAGCAGACUUCGAGAUGCUCGGCUGGUGGAAGCAAGGUGGCUAAUACCCAGUGUGGCGGAGCGAGGAGUGUUGCAUUUCAGGUGCCCAAGAACGGUCGCGAGUGUGGGAUUGGUGUUCACCGCAUCGACUUCGAUUGCGAGGAGGGAUCACCUCCACCACCGCCGCCGCCGCCACCUCCUCCGCCUCCGAGCACAUCGACAACGACUUCGACGACAACAACUACUACCCUUUCGUCAACGACAACUUCCGUCACCACUACCCUGUCAACUAGCGUAACCAUAACUCAGCCUUUGACAACCACCACGUCGCCUUCGACCUUGAGUACCUUCACCAGCGCUGCUACUUCAAGCACAAGCUACAGCUGCUCGUCAUGCUGGUCAGAUAUGACCAGCGGUACGUCAAGUUUCCUGACAUCGACAGCGUCCACUAGUGCUCAGACGCAAAGCACUACAUCGACAAGCUCGACAACUACGACAGGCCCAGAGACGGUCCCCACGACACCGCCGUCCACCACAUUGCCGCCCACUUCGACGCCGUCCACACUCACCACGACUACAACCACGACAUCGGCUGCACCGCGGCCGCCGCCACCGCCACCGCCCCCUCCUCCACCACCUCAGCAAGACGCCCCAUGUCCACCAACACUUCCUCGCUGCCUCAACACCUGGCUCUCCUCCACCACCUGCAAGUCCAAUAGCGACAUCGCCUGCAUGUGCGCCAACACUGACUUCACACGCAAUGUCAUCUCUUGCGUCUCGUGCUGGUCCGGCUCAGACUCCGAGACACAAGCCGCUCUGUCUUACUUCGCCGGCAUCUGCGCCGCCUUCAUCCCUCAGAACCCAGGCAUUUGCACCGAUGUGCCCAGCAGUAUUGGAUUGGUUGCGCAGGUCACGCCCAUCCCGCCACCACCAGGGCCAUCGACGUCUGGUCCAACGAGCGAGGUUGCGAAGCCGCCCGCUCCACCAGCGAUCACGCCUCCUCCGUGCACGACUGUGACUUUCACCAACAUCAUUACUACCAACCCAACGACCACGAUCACGCAGAUCAGCACCGUUACAGUGCCGCUCGUGACAUUCGUGACCGGCGCUGAAACUAUCACUCCCACCGCGGCAGGACAGGGUACUGCUGCACCGACGCCUCAGGCUGUCGCUAGUGUUGGCCUCGUGCCAAUCCCUGCUUCUGUCGCUGCAGCACCAUCGUCAGGUCCGUCUUCGCCGUUAACUGUGCCCCAGCAGCCUCAGCCUGCGGGCUCCGGCGCUGCUGCUGCCACUGGUGGCGCUGUGGCAAGCUUCAGUGCGAGUACGCCAUCGCAGCCUCAGGUCAGUGUGUUCACAGGUGCUGCUGCUCAGAGUGUUGGAAGCAAUGGUGUUAUGGGAGUCUUGGGCGUCGCCUUUGGAGUCACUGCUUUUAUGUCUUGA